AUGGCUAGUAGUGUUGCCAAGCUAAAACCACUGUCAUCAGUGAUCGCCGAGCCCGAUGAAGUCCUCGUACAAAAUAUGGAAGAGACUGAAGUGCUAGCGGGCCUAGCCAGAAACAGUGACUCUGCGAAGAAAGCUGACAUUUUGGACGAACUCAGAGCAAACGCACGGCGAAAUGGUGGUCGCUUACAAUUUGACGAUCGACAUGGCUUAUUUCAGGUUCUGCAAGAAGCUCUGGCCGACUCAGAUUCUAACACCCGACUAUGUUGCAUCGAAUUCUUGUGUGAAAUAAUUCCUGAGUUUGGAGAGGAUUUGGAUAGUUGCAUGACACUUGUUCUUCCUCUAAUCGUGUCAAACAUCGGAGACAACCAGGUGUCGGUGAAAAAAUCCGCUAUUCAGACCCUACAUGUGUACAUGAAACAUUCUUCGCAAGUCAGUGCUGUUCUUAAUGCAAUCAUCGAUCAUGGCCUUGAAAGUGACAACAGAAGGACAAGAACAGAAAGUUUAGUAGCCUUACCAAUUCUCAUUAUGCCGAACCUGGCCCAUGAAGAUCUGUUUACGUUGACAAAAGCGCUUGUUGGGAAGUUAGAAACUUCGUCGAGACCCGAAACUUCACCUGCUGUCAUUUCUCUGGAAAGGAUACGAAAUGUUGUUGGGUCCACAAUUUUCGAAAGCUACCUUCAUCGCUUAUCGCCUGAUCAACAAAAUUUAUGUGUAUCAGCGCUUCAAAAUCGAAGCGCCGAUCCUGUUAAAGAAUUAGAGUUGCUCGGAGGUCGCAAGGCCAAAAGUGCCGGUCACUUGAACACGAACGGAAUCAUUUCAGACGUUGAGCUACCAGAGAGAGGGACCGUGCUCGAUAGAGGGCACACGAUAGCCGUAACAAAUACAGAUAAUUACCCUGAUGCGAACUACGGACUGCUCGAGUUUGGUUUUGUCCCUGUUUCUGUGAUGUUGAAACUAAGAGAUCAAAGUAAUUGGAGGAUACGAGCCCAGGGAAUUGAAGAACUGAAAACUCUUAUGGGACAGUUAACUGAUACAGAACCUAUUCAACCUAAUUUGGGACCGCUCUUUGCGUUACUGCUUGGCUUCCUGGACGAUGUGAACUUUAAAAUUGGUGUCACCAGUCUUCAAAUUAUUGGAUUGCUGGUUGCUAAAUUGGGGGUUGGCAUACGUCCUGUUCUUAAACCUUUGCUGUUAGCACUAUCUAACAAAUUAGGCGACAAUAAGAUUGUAAUUAGACAGGAAAACAUGAAGGUGUUCAUGCAGCUUAUGCAAAUUCUUUCUCCAAAGUCAGUUUUAACUGUGUUGACAUCAAACUUACAACAUCGAAACUCAAGAGUGCGUGAAGAAACUGUAAAUGUUUUCAUUGCUGCACUACUUACAUUUCCUAGUUCAGACUUCAAUCUUCCAGAAGUGACCAAUGCAAUUGCUCCAGUAUUAGUUGACAGUAAAAGAAGAGUGCGACAAGCAGCACUGGAGGCUUUUGCAGUUAUAGCACAAGCAAUGGGUCCUGGGCGCAUUCAACCUGUGGUGACAGCAGUUGAUGCCAUUGAGCUCACAAUGGGUGGUGAUGGUGUAAUGGCAGCUAUUACUGCCAGGUUGGCCCGGAGGCAGCUUCCUCGCUUGAAUAGGGAUGGUUUGGUUGAAUAUGCUGUUCCUAUGCCAUCAUCUGGAACAAUCAGAGGUCAGAGCAACACACCACGUGGAGCUGACAUUGACUGGAUCUUAGCAGGUACUGCUGGAACAGGCUCAGCCGAUCCAUCAGGUUCCAGUCGCUCCACACCAGGACCUAAUGAUUCAUUUUCCAUGUCUGGGCCAAGUCCUCGAAGAUUCUUUAGUGCAGGAAAGAAUCGUUUACCCUGGGAAGGUGACCAGGCCAAGGAUGUUACUCAGGUGAGAGUGAUUGAUUUUAGGAGUUUCCAUUAUGUAAAUAACUUUUUCUGAGUUUUACAACAUUUAGGUCUUAUGACCUCACUUUUAGUCCCUGAGAAAGCUGCACAUAGUUGUUGAAAUGUUUUGGUGAAAACAAGAAUUAAGUGCAUUUGAUUUCAUUGCAUAUGUGUGUACAAGGGAUUUUAUUUAUAGAUGCAUUAUCAGUGACGAUGUUUUUUAUUCAUGUGAUUGGGAACAAAAUACUUGCGAUAGAGAGACAGCUAAACCACAUUUAUAAAUGUGUGGAAAUUUGUCAGUUUCAAUCUAAAGCUUUGAAUGUUCAAGGAGAAAAAAGAAUGAUUUGAUAUCACAGCUUGUUCUAGCUUGGGCCUCUCCCAAAGAGACUUAUUAUGAUAUCAGAAAACAUCAUUGCAUUAGUUAGCACAAUUUUAAAGGUAUUUUUUCUCGUAAAAGUGAAUAUGUAUGCAUCAAAUUUGUAGAAAUCAUCUCUCAUCCUCUCAAGAUUUUUUAAUGUACAUAUACCUUCUGCCUAUAAGUUUGAAUAACAGCUGUACAAAUGCAAGCCUUGCUUGGCCAUAAGACUACAUCAUUAAUUUCGAUCAGAUUAUUCCUCUAUCUUUGCCAGAUGCACAUUCAUAAUUGUUGAUUACAGCUCAAGUACAUUGUGAUCUUCAUAGCAGUUGGAUUUGAUAGAUUUGAAAAGAAAUAAUUUCCUGUCACCUGAUUAUUGGAACUAAUCAGGGACAGUAGCUGAACAUUCAAAUGAUGCUCAAUGCUUGAUUGACAUGUCACCUUUUAAAUUAUUAUGCAAAUAGUUAUUGUUGACAGUUCAAAAAUUAAGUUUAAUGUCUUCCAAAGUGGAAAAGGGUAAUUUAGUCAGGAUUUUAAUUUGGUCAACAAUGAGUAAACUCACUGUAGUAAAUGUGGUAUUAGAAUGAAUAAUUGAUUUGUUCAAAACUCUUCCCAAUUUUAGCCAUCCUUAAAUUAGGUUGUGUAUGAUGGGUCCAGCCUCAACUUAAAAGAUUGAAAAAGCCAUACUUUAAAUUGUAGUUGUAAAUCAAUUUCAACCAAACUUAAAAAGCUCAUAUAUUAUGUGUAUUUUAUCUCAACAUGUUGUUGAUGUAUCCCCAGCCAAGUUUUUUCAUGUGGCUUGUUAUAAAUUAUUCAAAUGUUUAAUAAGGUUUAGGCACCUCUUUAAAGUUCAGUAAUCAUACUAAUGAAACUACUUGGUUUUCAUGAUACACACAUUUUGUUGAUAAAAAAUAACAAUGUUGUAAGAAGAAUUUUUUUGAGCAUAUCUAUUGGGCAAAGGAUUGUAAGGUGAAUUAUUAUUGUGCUUAAUUUGUUCAAAUUUUGAAAUUGCCAGCUGGGAAAAUAGAUGUAUUAUUUGACAAUACUCGCUAUCAGUACAAACUUGUUGUUGUCACUAGGGCAUGAAUAUUAAAACAGGUGUGAAAAUUAGAUAUCGCUUUUUAGGGUAUGCUGUGGGUAAGCCAUGGAUAAGAUAUCACUAACAUGUUUCUUUUCUCUAGUUUUUUUUCCCUUUUGAUUGUUGUGGAUAGGUUUCUUCAAAUGUUAAACCCAUUAUGAGUUUUGUUGCUAUUUCAAUCACCAUGGUUACUUUUUCUUUCUUUGUCCAAGGAAGAAACCUUCAGUUUUCUCAUUGAUCAAUUGUUUGUUAUUUGACUUUUCUGCUUUUUUUUGUAUUGCUUUUAAAUAUUGCAUCAUGAAACAGUUAACCAAGGUAUAUUUUAAUCUAUAUUUUUCAGCAAGCUGCUGCUGCUGAGAAUAUUGAACCAAUACGGCCACCAAUGAAGCUGAAUUCAUGGGCUCCCAUGGAAAUAGUCAAUGAUCGAGCAACAAAAUCCACCUCUCAGCCACGAACGACAUCACUGACAACUCCACCAAAGUCAAAACUCACCACAUCAUCCUAUGCUGAAAAGUAUCAUGCCAUGAGCAUACAAAAGGCAAACCAAGCUACCGAACGUCAUGUCCCUAAAGCUGCUGAAAACACACCAGGGAGCUCUUAUGCUGAAAUGCACCGAGCAAAGGCUAAGAAAGACAAAUCUAAGGUUGUUAAUCCUGGUGUGAAUCUCAAUCAAACUGCUCCAGCUGGUACUGUGAAUAGUUAUGCUCUACUAUACAAGCGUGGAACAAUUUCCUCAAAAGCCAAGGCUAGUAAUAGUGCAGAACCAGCAAUUGGAGAUCACACACCCAAGGAAGGUAUUCCAAGAGGUGCACAGUCAGUCACACCUACUCCUCCAUUUUCCCUACAAAGUUCCUUUUCACCGGGUGAUGAAGAACCCUUCCUCUCAUCACAGAGAAAACCUUUCUCAAUGUCACUGUCCAGCUCAUGGCCUGACUGGACUGAACUGAAAAGUGAGAUGAAACCUUUUGGAAGACUGUCACCUGUGUCACAUUGUAAGUUAUGUAGGAUUAGUGCGUACAGUUGUAUGCAUGAUGCCUAAGUUUUCUACUUUAAAUUUUGAAAAUCCUUAGAGAUCCAAACUUUGACAUCCUUAAAAGAGUCCUCUUUCCCAUGGCACAGCAAUGAUACAGUUUUACAGAUGAUAAUGUUUGUCUCAUUAUGCAGCAACUUGUGUCCCUUUACAAACAGCUGUCUAAAGAUCAUCUUCCAAAGUAUGAUGAUCUGUUUGAAUAACUGGUUGCCUGUUAUAAGAACAUGAGACAAGACAGCUGUCUGUCUGCACAAGGAUUGUGUGAAAUAUUUGUAAUGGUGCUUAUAAGCUAUUCUGAGAUCAAGUACAUGGUAUCAAUUUCAUGUACAUGUCUACUAGAUAAAACUUAACCGAAUACACAGUGAUGUCAAUAUUUACUGACUCUUUAUGGAUCUUUUCUAGCUAUACCUAUGGACAUGGACUCAUCUGGUGAGCAAGGGGAGGGUGAGACGAAAAAAAAUGGUAUGCUAACUUUAUAACAUCGCACAAAGUAUCUAUGCCUCCCCAAUUACUCUCUAGGCUUUGGGAAACUAAAUCAUAGUCAGCCACAGUGAUAAGUUUGUGGUUUUGAGUUUUGUUCCGCUGACCUUUACACUGUUUUGAUUGGUUAGUACAUGAAACACCUGUUACAAUCAAAUCAAAAUUUUCAUGAUAUCCUGAGUGUCACAAUAUCAAGUGAGAAGUGUUCUUUUUAUUGAGAACAAAUUAACCAGAAGUAAUUUCAGAAUUAAAAAUGAAAAUUAGUUAUGGAUGUUCCCUUUGAUUUCCAAUAGAAGUACCUCAGACACCCAUCCACAUGAAGCCUCAACUUGCACGAUCAGCAUCAAAGACUCGAGGCUUAAGGGCUACUGAACUGGGAGAAACUAAAAAGACUGAAAUCCAGUCAGGUGUGAUGGACUUCCUUGAAAUGACACCUACACGCCCAACACAACUGGCCCCUGUUAAGGUAUGUUUACUUUGUAAAUACCAUCAUUAGUGUUAUAGUGACCUUUUUACUGCUUGAUGCAUGCACAAAAGAUCUAUUGUCUUGUUUACUGCAAGGUACCAAUAUUUAGAGGAAACCUGCAUUUCUUAUUUUAUUUUAUUCUUACUUUUCUUUUACCAGGCUGGCAAUUUUCCUCCUCAAGAUGCUUUUAGUCAAGUUCACAAACAAGCAGAGUUGAAGAGAGCAUUGAAAAUGUACUCUGUGAUCAGUGAUGGUGAGGAUGGAAGAAGUCGUAGCCCUUCACCCUUGGAGAAUAACAAUGAUCUUCCCAGCACUCCACUGUUUGAAAAAGGAAGGUAAUUGAAUAUUCUAUAUUUCUGAAUGCUAAGCUAGGAGUCUAUUAAAAAAAAAGUAAUGAUUGUGUUAGUUCGGUUUGUUCUUUACAUGUUGUCCUUAUUCAUUGGAUCGUGGAAUUGUUUAAGAGGCAAGCUAUUUGUUUUAUCUGUGCACAGAGAAUGAUGAUGUCAGUUAUCAUCUAUAAUGUACUGCUGUUACAGCAACUAAGGAUGAGACUUCAUAUUUGCUUCAUUUGUUCUACAGAUUGUCAAAACUCCCCACCAAACCUGAAUCUCCAUUUGACAGUAAACCACGAAUUGCAAGAACACCAAUUCACUUUAGAAGACUCUCGGCAGAAACUUCUUUGCAACUCCAGAGUCCAACACCUUUACCCCAUAAGUUCUCAGACCCAGACGAUGCAGGUCUUGGUGUGACAGGUCAUGGGCUUCUGUCGACCACAGGGGGGAAGAAAACUGAAUAUUCACCUCUGGAAAAUGGUGUGCAUAAUGAUGAUGAUGAUAAACAUAGGAGAUCUUCAAGAGUGGGUAGCAGCUUCUCAGGGAGAGAUGAUAAUUUAGGGAUGGGAAAAGUGGAAGUCGUUGGUCAGGGGCUGUUGAGACUGGAUAAACAGCUCAAGGCAGAGGAUGAAACGACCCAGUUACAGUAUGAGACAGAAGAGUCUGAUGAAGGAGUAGAGGAUGAUGACGGACGUGAUGAGGAGGAAGAUGAGGAAGAGGAAGAAGAUGACCACGAGGAAGAGGAAGAUGAGGAAGGACAGUUAGAAGACGAAGACGAGGACGAGGAAGUAGACAGUGAAUCGGACAGUGAGGAAGAGGAAUACCCUACUCCAUCAGAAUCACAAGAGGGUGACACCUCCACAGGGACAACAACAACACUAACGAGCACUACAACAUCAACCAUCAAGAGUGAAGGGAGCUCAGAUAGCCUGGGAGACAGCGAUGAGGACAGUGACUCGGGAAUCAGAGAGAACAUCAGAGAUAUGACACCGAAAACCAUGAGGAAAAGUCUGUCUAAAUCAACCCGAGAGAGGAUGGAAAGAAGGAGACAAGAGGAAGAAGAAAAACUUCAGAAGGAGCAGGAAAGGUUUGCAGAACUUGAGAAGGAGCGUAUGAGGCAGCUGCAGGUUCAACGAGAGGAGGAGGAGAAAUUGCGGCAGAAAAUCUUAAAAGAGCAAGUAGAACUUGGAAAGAUGCUUAAUAGGAAGGAAAAAGAAAGGGAAUUAGAACGGCAGAAACAGCAGCAGCUGCAAGAGGAAUUGCAGAGGCAGGAAAAGGCUCUUAGGGAUCGGCUGCUGAAACAACAAGAAGAGUUGGAGGAAAUUGAACAGGAAAAGCAGCGUGAGAGAGAAAGGAGGCUGAAGGAGAGAAUGAGACAAAAACAAAAACAAAAAGAGGCAAAGUUGCUUAGAGCUGAGAAAGAACGAGAACAGGAAGAGGAAAUAAGGAGACAGCUGGCAGAAAAGGAAGCUGAGCUGAAGAAGAAGCAGUUACAGAGAGCCAAAGAGCUGAAAAUUGCGGCAGAACCUGAAAAUACGAGUUAGUAAAUGUUUCAUUGUCAUUGAUUGUCUUAGACUGAAACAAAAUUAUCCUAUAUAAAUUAUAAUCAUAUUUUUUAUUUUUCAUUUUUUCGCAAGAUCUUUCAGUAUCAGGGUCCAGUUCUCCACUGAAGUCCAACAAAAAACCACCCACAGGAGGAACUCCUAAAAAGAAGGCACCUGUUUCAUCGUACGUAUACAUAACUAUUCGCAUUUGUUUACUUCAGGUGCACCGUACUUUAUAACACUUAUUUUACUCCUCUUUAGAGGAGCAAAGGGGUGAUUCAUCAGGCGCCAAGGUUCAUGGCACCGCGAUGAUCCUUCACAAAGUUUGGUACACGUAAUCUAUAAGUGUUUAUUUUUCCUCACAGGACACAGUCUGAGCGCGAUUCUAGUUAUGCGCUUACAGAUGAUCCAUCAGAGAUCAGACGGCAUCAUGCAGCAUCCGCAGGCAGUACUUCAGCUCAGUGCUGGGAAAUCAGUUUGGACGAUCUGCAGCCCUUCAAUAAUCCAGACAAUGCUCUGCGAGAAGCAAUGAAGUAUCUAGCAAACACAGAAGAUUGGUGGGUAUCCCAAAUGAUAUAGAUUGCCACUGUGUUGGUCCUCCUAUGUUGUUCCUUUAUUUUAAGAGUAUUUGUCAAUUACUCUGUUUUGCCGAUAGAAACGUGGAUUACAAUUUGUGAUUGAAAGUUUCCCUUGAUUUCGGAUGAAAUACUCUUAGUAAAAUUUUCUCUUUUUUUUUUGUUCAUAUCAGGGAGAUGAAGUGUGAAGGAAUUCAAGGAAUUCGUCGUCUUACUAAACAUCAUCCUGAGGUGCUGGUUUCACAGCUACACACAGUGACUCUUGCUAUCAUAGCAGAGGUACGCGGGCUUUUUCAGACGUUUUUGUUCAUUUGUUUUUUGUUUGACUGAAGCUGUACGGUUCUAUUUCAUUGCAUUGGCUUUAACUAAGAGCAUUGGAAUGAAAUAGCUUUUUAAAUAUGGUUUGAAUUUUCAAAGGUUAAAAAUCUUCGAUCACAAGUUUCUCGUUCGGGCAUCUGCUGUCUUGGAGACAUGUACACCAUUCUUGGAAAGAACAUGGAUAAUGUGAGUAAACCUUUCUCUUCUUCGUUCGCUUUUUUUUUUUACCAACCGGGGUAGAAUGUUUCACAACUGCAUGCGCUUGUGUUUGUUGUUGUUACUAUAUAGGAACUGGAAGUCACUGCUAAAAUCCUACUGGCUAAAGCUGGUGAAUCGAGUGGAUUUAUUAGAGAAGACGUGGAAAAAGCCUUGACAGCCAUGGUUUCUAGUCUGACCCCAACCCGUUUAAUAGUCGCACUUAUUUCUGGAGGAGCCAGGUACUUACUUGAAAACAUUUCUGAGCACAUCCUGUGCAGUUUGGCAUUUCGCCAGAUUUUUUUUUUUAGAAUACCUAUUCUUUGUGUUGCGGCUAAUGAUGGAUUUUUGUUGAUCUUAGUUAACAGUGUGAAGCAUAAUCGAUAAAGAACAUUCUAAAAUUUUUUCUUUGAAUUUUCACAGCCAUCGCAACGUAACCGUACGCAAGGCCACUGCCCAGUUUCUCAGCAUGCUCGCGGACCGCAUGGGACCGAGUCGAGUGAUGAGCGGAGCCAAAGAUGUCACUGAGAAAAUUCUUCCUACUACAGCUCAAUUCCUCACAGAUGGUGGACAGGAAACUAGGUGCGUGCCAUCAAGUAUAGAAAAACAAAUAAAUCACGUAAAGGGAAUUGCGGCUUCGCCCCAUAGUUUCCAGCUGUUCACGUCAAGGUUAGUACUGUCAGCAUGAUUCCAUUUCUGCUUUUUAUCCCCUUGUCUAGAUACUAUGGACGCAAGAUUCUUUCGUCUAUAUGCGAUCAUCCCGAGUUUGACAAGCACGUGUCUAAACACGUGCCGUCCAAUCUGCAGAAGAGCGUGCGUGACACGGUGGACAAUCUUAGAACAAAGGUACGAAUAUGUUUAAUAACCAAUCACGAUCCUUUUUGUUGUGGCUUUCUAGUUAGCUGAGAACGUUGGCUUGUUAUGAAGCUCAGGUUGGUUGGCUGGUUUUUUUUCCUUUUCUGUAGGGGCUGGGUGAACCCCCAUCAGACCUUUCCUCCUCCGCACGGCAGCGGAAACCUGCAUCUGGUGGUGGAGGUUCACGAAGCGGUGGAGUGCGAGGAUCAGUGGCGGCAUCUCCGUCCUCAAAUUCCAGGUACAUCGAAAGCCGCUUUAGCUUUGCAUUAACUUCGUUCAUGUGAUUGUUCCUUGUAAAACUAUUGCUUUACUAAAGACCUGUUGGUUUUUCUGCAGAUGCAGAACUGUAAGUCAACCACGCUGGUAGAUUAGGGAGAUGCUCAACAAUAGGGAGGCGUAGUAGUUACUGCCAGUAAAGGGAAGGGGGGCUGGAUCGAGAGGGAUGCUUUUAAAAGGAUGUCUGAUUUAAUGCGAGGGAGGUUGAGAGAGAGAGAGAGAGAGAGAAACAGAUGAAAGCUCUCAGUUUGAAAAUAUAAUCUUAAGCGUUUUCUAUAGAAAAACCAUCACUUCUGGAAACCAAUGUGACGUGGGUAAGAGAAUUAGAACUAUGACAAUUUUGUCUUUUUUUUUUUAGCUCGAGAGAACCUUCAAGGAGUGGCAAACCCGUGACACGAGAUGGAUUGAUUCAGGUGAGUGUCCUGUGUAAUUUUUAAAUUAAUUUAUUUCCCUCAUUAUUUUGUCAUCAGCAACAAAAUUAUAGCAACAGUUUCCUCGGCAUUUGAUUUGUGACAGGGGGAAGAGAUGAUCCCAAACUUAAUCAACUCUCUACAGGCCAGUGAUUGGAAAGAACGACAACAGGCGAUCGAUCAGUUUGUUGAUUUAGUUCAGUUAAACCCGGAUGGCUCAGGACAAAAGUUUACCAAGGUAAUAAUUUCACAUGAUACCACAAGUAUCGAGCACGUUAUGAUACUUCAUGUGAAUCGAUUAUCUAGUGGAAACUUUUGGUACAAAUAAACUUAACUUCAAAACGUAUUUGUCGCAGGUUUUUGAUGCGUUUAUCCCUCGUCUCCAAGACUCGAAUAGCAAAGUAAGGUGUACCUUGUUAGCGUGAAUUUUGAUUUAAUUUGAAUGGACUUAAGAACUAAUUUUCCUAUUGGUCUCUGAUGUUUUUGUAGGUAAACCUGUAUGCCCUUCAGUGCCUCCCCAAGAUCCUUCACUGUUUAGCCAACCAAUCAACUGCUCUGGUUCCUCCAAUGGUUGCUGCGUUGACAUCUAACUUUGCUUCCAAGAACACGAGUAUUUUCUCUGCAGCAGAGGAAGCUCUUGAUGAGUUCAUUAAACACAUCGGUAGAAUGACACAACUUGGUUUAGGUUAUCGUAGUAUUAAUGGCUCUGGUUGCUGUUUUUUCUCGUCUUUGUUGUAGCUAUACAUAAUUUUUUUAGCUUGUCUUAUGUCAAUUAACAAACAGCAUACUUGUCAUAGCCGAUCCGCCUAAUAAAUGUUGAACAUCAAGAAAUCUUAGCGGCUUGUUAUUUGCAAAAACAGUUAUAAUGAUAUGGCAGACUAAAUGACUUUAUUUGUUUAUUGUCAGACAAAACUCUGUUAGUUCAACCAUUUUGUUCAACGGCACAGUUUGGGAGCAGCCGAGUUAAACCGAUCAUGGUGGACAAGUUAGCAGGUCAGUGAUCUUCUUGUGCAGUUUGUUGUGAUGAUUUGUUCUUGUUACGUCAUCUUGUCUUUCUUCGUCUCUUUACCUUUCCUGCCUUAUUUACUUGAUUGGUGUUAUUUUAUUUGUCUUUUGUACCUACCCCACCCUCCUCACCCAGCCCUUCGUAUCCUGCCUCUUUCCUUGUUUCUUUUCCGUGCCCUAUAAGUGUUCUUAUCUCUCUCUCUCUCUCUCUCUCUUGGCCCUUAAUUCUUGUAGUAUCUCUUAUCCCCUUCCUUUGCAGUAUUACUCAACUAUCAAUGUUAAAUAAAUAAACAGCGAUAUUACUUUUUUGAUUGUGUCCGUUAGAUAUCGUACCGACAGUGCACACUCGAAAGCCACAAGUAGUUUCUCGCCAUAUUCUUCCUCUGUUGUGGAGUCUCUUGAACACGGCGAGUAACAGCAGUGCUGGCGCCGGUAACAGUGCCCUGAAGACAUCCACCAGUAGGCUAACCAGUACACUAUACUCCUGUAUGGGCCGGAGUUUGACAGAGCAGGCAUCUAAUCAAGUUCCAAGAAUACAAGAAAAGUUACACGAGAUUAUUGGUUCAUGACACUCAAAAGCGGAGUGUCGGGAGCUCCAGGUCAUCGAUGGAUUCUUGUGGAAACUCGUCAUGCCUUGUUCUCGACAGAAUCUGUCGGUUGUUGUGUUAUCGUACGCCUUUAGUUCCCGAGCAUUCUUGUGAUAUUCUUUUAGUUAGGUACUAUUGUUGGUAGUACAGUAUUUAGUGCUGUAUCAACAGCAGAUAUUUACUUUUUAAAUUAAUGCAAUUCUUAAAAUUUUCCAAAUAUGGAGAGAGAAAUAAUCUAUUUUAACACGAACGUAAUAUAUUCUUAGUCUAACUGCGAAACGAUAAACCAAAGAUAUUUGACUGAUGCUGUUAACUUGACAUCGAACAAACUGUCCUGAGUAUGAUAGGCUUUAUUGUUUGUUUUGCUCACAACUUUACUAGUGAUAAGCACUAAAGCGAAGAUGUACAUCAACGUUUCAGUUGGUUUAGUGGGGAAUCGGGAAUCAACUCAUUAGGAUGAAGCAACGUGACCAGCAGUUAGGCAUCCCAAACACCCUUUUUUAGUGAAUUACUUCAUCUAAAAGGUGGAUAUUAUCAGUAAUACUUAUGAAAAAUAGACGUCAGACACAUUUUCUAUAGACGUGCAUAUCGUAUCACUGACGAAGAGCUCGAAUAUUUAGUGUAGAUUUUUUUAAUCGUUGUUGAAAAUAUGUCCUCAUUUAUAUUCCGCGGUUUGUCAAGGGCCAAUAGGACAUUACAGUUAUUAUUAUACGAAGUGUGCAAUUUAUGAAUUAUCAUAUUUCCUUUUUCCUACUUUCUCUGUAAAAGCUUGAAACGUUAUUUUUAAUCCUGCUUGGUGGGGAAAGGGGAAGACGUUAAAUCUUCCGCUACUCAGUGGAAUAAAAUGGAAAAAUUGAAAUUACCGAAGGAAAAACCGCCCUAUUUUUGUAACGUUACAGAGUUUUAUUUGUACAGCAAUUACGUAAGCGUGUAAAUGAAGUGGAUGUAGUUAAAGUUAUUUAUUAGAAAAAGUGAACAGUUUAUUGUCAGAGUCUCGCCAGGUACUCACUGGUUCUGACAACAACGUUACCUUCAAGCGGAAAUGUAGUACAAAAUUGUCAUUUACUGGAGCCGCCGGAUGCUUUAUGUACGCAGUUUGAGCGGGACAUUUAAUUAAGAAGUGUCUUUCCCAUUAUUGGGUGGAUUACAUUUUAAAGAAUUUAAUCGUCGAGAGUGGUAAUAAAUCUUGGAACUUAAAGGA